AGCUGUCAGUCUGCACAACAACUACUAUGCCUCCUCUGUGCACUUAAACUCAGCUGCGGCUCAUACGUGUUUAUUUGUAGUUUAGUUGGGUAGUUUAAAGUAGCUGCCGGUGGGAAAAAUGAGUAAAAAUUUCAGUGUUGCUUUUUGUUUGGCUUUGGUUUUUGUUCCUAUGCUGAGCAGAUCAUGUCCUGCACAGUGCAGCUGCUUCUUCCACAAAUUAAGCGAUGGAUCCAAAGCAAGGAGUGUACUUUGCAAGAAUCCAGAUAUCACUGUCAUCCCUUCAAAUUUUCCCAUCGAUACGUCAAAGCUCCGUAUUGAGAAAACAGCUAUCACAAGGGUUUCAAGCAAGACCUUCCAUUACCUUAACAGCUUGGAAUUUUUGUGGAUGUCUUUUAAUUCGCUGAAUUCUCUCAGUGUGGAGAGUUUUCGGGGUCUGUACAAUUUAGACGAGCUGAGGUUGGAUGGCAACUCUCUCACAUCAUUUCCCUGGAGCUCUCUGACUGACACCCCCAACCUGAGGCUCCUCGAUCUGCACAACAACAAGAUCUCUACAAUCCCAGCUGAAGCAAUCACUUACAUAAUGAAUAUCACCUAUCUGGAUUUGUCCAGCAACAGUUUGACGACCAUUCCUGCUGAUGUUCUGACAAUGUGGUUGAGUGUGAAGCCUUCCCAGGACAUGGAGUCCUCCAAACUAAUUCUAGGUCUCCAUGACAAUCCAUGGCUGUGCGACUGUCGCCUCUUUGAUCUGGUCCAGUUUCAGAAGUCACCAUCAUCAUCCGUGGCUCUAAUUGACACCAGGUUGAAGUGUGCGGAUCCAGAGAGCUUGUCAGGGGUUCUUUUCACUGAAGCCGAGCUGCAGAGGUGUCAGGGUCCUCGGGUGCAUACAGCCGUGGCUCGCGUUCGGAGCUCCCUGGGAAACAAUGUCCUGUUGCGCUGCGGCACAGUCGGAGUCCCAAUCCCUGAACUGUCCUGGAGUCGUGCUGAUGGCAAGAAAAUGAACGGCACCGUUCAGGAAGAAAUCUCAAAGGAGGGCAUCAUUUGGUCAAUCCUGAGCGUACCUGCCGUCUCCUUUCAUGAUUCUGGAAAAUAUAUGUGCAAAGCAACAAACUUUGUGGGCACAGCAGAUGCCAUCAUCUCCUUGGUGAUCACAGAUUCCUUCCAGUCAGAGGAAAUGGGCAGCACUGCCAAGAGAGCCAGAGGGAAGAAAACAGGCAGCAUCGGAAGGGCGGCGUACCAAGAGAAACUUAUUGCCAGAUAUGUACCUCCAUCAACCACCACAGCUGCCAAAUCCAUCAUUGAGCCUCUCGUCAGUAAAGGCAUCAUAGGGAGAUAUGAAGUCGAGAGCUACAGCGUCUCUGACAGCGCUGGUCAGGGGCAAGGUAGAGCAUCUGGCACUACAAGGCCCAUCAAGGAGCAGCAGGAUGCUCUCAGUCACUUGGCAGCCAAUGCGUCCUCCUUACAACAGAUUCCAGAGAAAAGGAUUGUACGCUCAGUAAAGGUGAUCGGCGACUCCGACCACGCCAUCACUCUGAACUGGCGGGCCCCUACAGCCACAAAUACCACAGAAUUCAGCGUGCUAUAUGCUGUAUUUGGGGAGCGAGAUAUGCGCCGGAUUAACGUAGGCGCAGGAAAGAACCGAAUCACAAUAGACGGCCUUGUGCCAAAGACAAAGUACAUUGCUUGCGUUUGCAUCAAAGGCUUGAUCCCAAAAAAGGAGCAGUGUGUAAUCUUCUCAACGGAUGAGGCAGCCACUGCGAGUAGCACUCAGAAACUCAUUAAUGUGGUGGUGAUAACAGUGGCGUGUGUGAUCGCUGUGCCCCUGACACUGAUUGUGUGUUGCAGGGCUUUAAAGAAGCGCUGCCAAAAGCUGCUGGGGAGGCAAUCCAAAGAAAUGCAAGACUCUUAUGUCACUUUUGAGACCCUCGGCCCAACUAGAGCUAAAGGGAUGGAGGGGGAGUAUCUGACCAGGCUCAACCCUGAUGAAUCCAACCGGCUUCUUUCAGCCAGGUCCAGUGUGGACUCUGAGGCUACAGCCAGGACUGAGGGGCCACCGAAUGAGUACUUCUGCUAGUAUCAACAACUGUAUGCCUGAGCCUCCUUGGGACAGAGUGUUGUUUUCUAACUGCUGAGCAACAAAGCAGGAGUUGCAAAAAUACUCCAAGGAAUUCCCUUUUACUAUGCUCCAGUGGACACCUAUAGCUCUGUUAUCCACGGAUUUGUUUAAAGCCUUGUGGGAUUAAAGCCACUAUUGAUUUGGUGAACUACAAAAAUAGAAUUAAGUAUAAAUAAACAGAUAAUUAUAAUAUUAAGGCUCUCCGGCUAUGUGUAAAAAUCACUAUGCACUUUAAAUUGUUUUUCUUUCAUACUUUCUUUCAUUCCUGCAUAGCAAUUUUGAAAUGCUACCCAUAUGCACAUACAAUUCAAACCUUUUUCUCCCCUCUGUGAUGUCACAAUUGUCUUCUGCAGAACUCUUUAUUUCAAAGUAUUUAAUGAAAUCCGCAGUUAGACCUUUUGCAUGUCAGUGUCAUGUUAAUGUGCCAGGUUUGCUGCGUGAUCAAAAUCCUAAAAUCCAUUUUAUUUUAUAAUGAAUAUAUUUGUAACCUGAAAUACACACAUAUGUAUGAUUGCAUAAAAAAUAAUUUUUUAUACCAGUACACUAUUUGAAUUAGAUGCAGUGAUAUUUGAAUGCAUGAACAUUCAUU